AUGGCUCUGUUCCGAGAGUCCAUUCACCCUCCGUGGGGGCACCCUGGGGAUGCUAACAGCCUCGGAGUGGAGAAGCUACUCAUGCCCAGUGUUCCAGACCCCAAGGCCACCUUUCCCGGGCUCUUUGAGGACCACAGAGGCAACUUCCAGGAGUGGAUCAGAGACACUCAGAACGUGACCCAUGUGACUAAGUUGGAGAGCGAGGAGGACUGUGAUGUGGAGGAGAUGUUGGUGGCCCACCUGGUCAAGGCAGAAACGGAGGCACCCACGACAAGGCUGCUAUGCCCACAGAUGGGGGUGGAAGAGGCCACGGGUCCUGGCCAGCAUCCUUGCCAGCCCCCCCAAUGCGGUGACAUGGUCUCCCUGGGUGGCUUUUCUUUUGUGAUGAAUGACAACAUGUAUGUGACGCUAUGA